AUUAAAAGACGACGCCAGUGGAUGGGAAAAUCGCCCUGGAAUUGGUAGAAUUAGCCAAUGGCAUGAAAAGACACCGCCUCUUAAGGUGGCGGCGAAGCCAAUGGCGUGAACAGAGCCACUCCCUGAGCUAAAAGAGGCGGUGGGCAAGGCUCAAAACCAAUGGGACGUCGGGGCGCGCUCCCCUCGCAGCCCCGCCCCGGGCAGGCCGCACUGCCCCAGCGCUCGGCCCGCGGGAGACGUCCAGUGGCUGGGGGAAGAUGGCGGCGGCCGUGGCACUGGUCGCCGGGCUGCGCGUGGCGCGCAGGACAAUGGCGGCCGCCGGGCCGUGGGGGGCGCAGGUCCGAAGAGCUGCAGGUGUGACUGGUGGUGAUGAAGUGGCCAAGGCCCAGAAGGCAGCUCCUGGUGGAGCAGCCCCCACCAUCUUUUCUCGGAUCUUGGAUCGAAGCCUCCCCGCUGACAUUCUGUACGAGGACCAGAAGUGUCUCGUGUUCCGUGAUGUGGCCCCUCAGGCCCCUGUGCACUUCCUGGUCAUUCCUAAGAAGCCUAUUCCUCGGAUUAGCCAGGCUGAAGAAGAAGACCAGCAGCUUCUAGGACACCUUCUUCUUGUGGCCAAGAAAACAGCAAAGGCUCAGGGGCUGGGAGAUGGAUACCGACUUGUGAUCAACGAUGGGAAACUGGGUGCACAGUCUGUGUAUCAUCUGCAUAUUCAUGUCCUUGGGGGCAGACAGCUCCAGUGGCCUCCAGGUUGAACCUACCAACUAACCAAAGACCCCACAUCUGGAUGCUUGGAUAGAGUGGGAGGGGAAAGCAACCCUGUGAUACUAAUAAACCUGCUCUCCCUCAA